AUGACUGAACAUAAAUAUAAACUUCUUUGUAUGGGUAAUCCUUUGUUGGAUAUCCAAGUUACUGCUGAUAAAGCUUUACUUAAUAAAUAUGGUCUUAAAGCAAAUGAUGCUAUUCUUGCCGAAGAUAAACAUAAACCAAUGUACGAAGAACUCGUUAAAAAUUAUACUCCCGUUUACGUAGCAGGAGGUGCUGCUCAAAAUGCUGCUCGUGGUGCUCAGUUUUUGCUACCACCAAAGUCCACAAUUUAUUUUGGGUGUGUUGGUGAUGAUAAAUAUGCUCAAGAAAUGAGAAAUGCGGCCAACAAUGAAGGGCUAACUAUUGAUUAUUUAGUUAAUAAAGAAUUUCCAACUGGAACUUGUGGUGUGAUUAUCACUGAUCAUAAUAGAUCAUUAGUAGCAAAUUUGUCAGCAGCAGAAAAAUAUAAUGAAACGGAACAUUUGGAUUUACCAGAAAAAUGGAAAAUUGUAGAAAAUACCGAGUAUUAUUAUGUUGGAGGAUUUUUUUUAACCGUAUCACCUAGUUCUAUCUUAAAAAUUGCCAAGCAUGCUGCUGAUAAAAAUAAAACAGAAGAUUUGAAAGAAAUCGCUAAAAAAAUGGCACAAUUGCCAAAAGUUAAUAAAAAACGUCAACGUAUCGUCGUCAUUACUCAUGGAGCAGAAUCAACUAUAGUAGCAGAACAAGAAGGUGCUUUAAAAGAAUAUCCAAUUCUUAGUAUAAAUCCAAAAGAUAUAGUUGAUACUAAUGGAGCAGGUGAUGCUUUUGUUGGUGGAUUUUUAAGUCAAUAUGUUCAAGGUAAACCUAUUGAUGAAUGUGUCUCUGCUGGUCAUUGGUUAGCUAAUAUUAAUAUUAAACGCGUUGGUCCUACUUAUCCCGAAGAAAAAAUUCCCUAUCCUGGUAAUUAA